AUGAAACCUUACAUAUAUCUUCACCCUUUUGUUAAAUUCAAUAAAAACCUACGAACAUGUAAUAAAAUCAUCCCACAAACAUACACACAUCCUAAAAAACUUUCAUCAAAUCUUUCACUAAUACUUAAAAUCUUUACAAUAAACAGUUCAAUAAUACCACCAUCAUUAUUUGCCUUUGUUUUUAAUGUUUUUGUGUUUGCAAGAGAAACAAAACAACCUCCACCAGUGAUCUCCGUCAUUGACCAAACCCUCCGCCGUCGUCUCCAUUCGUCCAAAAUCACCUCUGUCAUCGUCUCAUCGACCGGCCUCCUCAUCACAUCGCCGCUAUUCGUCGACUCAGAGCAGUGA